ACAACAUGAUACCAGUAUUUAGUAAUUUGAGCUUAAUAUAAUGUGAUUCAAUUAAUGUAAGCAUAAACUUUCUACCUAAGGAAGUUUUUAUUGUUCUUGGAGUGUUUAAGUUAUAUGUUGUUUAGCAAAACAUGACUUCUGACUCUGGAUUCAACGAGAUGAAUUAUUUUUUCCCUGUUAGACCCAACUCAGAGUUUCGUGACUUCAACUCUAGUGAACAGCCGAUGAAAUUCAUUAUUAACGUCUCUGGACUACGUUUCGAGACAUAUAAACAGACUGUUGAACAACUACCUGAUAGCGUACUAGGCUCAGAAUUAAAACGGAGUAAAUAUUGGGAUAGCGAGAACAAUGAAUACUUCUUCGAUCGAAAUAGAACUUGUUUUGAGGCAAUUUUGACGUAUUACCAAACGCGUGGAACCUUAAUUCGACCUGAAGCCAUACCCAUGAACAUUUUUGUGGAUGAAGUAAAGUUCUUCGAGUUAGGUGAACAAGCAAUGUGGCAAGCAACAGAAGGAUACGAUGGAUUCGAGGAAAAUUAUGAAAAAUCAACGAACAGGUUUCAAUGUACGGUGUGGGAGUUGUUUGAGCAUCCAGGCACAUCUAAUUUUGCUAAGGUUAUUGCAGUAUUUAGCGUGAGCAUAAUAUUAAUAUCUGUUGCUUUAUUUUGCAUCGAAACAUUGCCGUCAUUUCAAGAAAACCAAACUAAAAAAAAUGGUAGUGAAAUCGAUAGUAAUGUUGACAAUCAUUACACGUCAGCAACAUUUACCAUUGAAGCAUUCUGUAUUAGCUGGUUCACGUUGGAGUAUGUCGUUCGACUUUUAAGUUCGCCGAAUAAAUGGAAGUUUGUGAUUUCUGUAUUGAAUAUAAUCGAUUUUAUUGCUAUAAUUCCGUUCUACAUCGGUAUUGCUGUGGAUAUUUCAAAUUCUGGCGUUUCUUCCAUUGCCAUGCUUAGAAUUGUUCGUUUAGUUCGAGUUUUCCGAAUUUUUAAACUGUCACGAUAUUCCAGAGGCUUGCAAAUUCUUGGACACACACUUCGAUCUAGCAUCAAAGAGCUUGGUUUGUUGUUGUUCUUUCUUUGUAUGGGAGUUGUGUUAUUCUCUAGCGCGAUAUAUUAUGCUGAGUCAAAUGAUAAGUUCAUCAGUAUUCCUCACUCAUUUUGGUGGUCAAUUAUCACCAUGACGACAGUUGGAUAUGGCGACUACGUUCCAAAGACUGGAGUUGGAAAAUUAGUUGGAUGUUUUUGUGCGAUCACAGGAGUGUUGUUUAUUGCUCUGCCUGUGCCGGUUAUUGUCGCCAACUUUACAUAUUAUUAUUCAAAAGAGCGCAGGCGUGAAUCAAUACGUGGGGAUGUUUCAUCAGAGAAACUGUCCUCUGCAAAGUUUCGUGUACUUCGAUCACUUGUUCGUUGUUCAACAGUAAAUAGGCAAGACGAUAGCUCAAGGAUUCAUAAUCAUGGAGAAGCCACUUCUGAUAAUGCUGAGAAUAUUUAUGUUAAAAGAGAAGGCCCAUCCGAAGGAUUACUGGAAGACGUCAAUGGACAUAAUGCAGAAAGUAAUUUAUAAAUGGUCACGUCAUGUUGUAUAGGAUGAAGCUGCUGGUCUUGUGACAAUCAUGAUUAAUUUAAAACUUGAUGAAAUCUCUUUCAGCAAUGAUUGACAUAGCAUGCAUCGUUUCAAGCACACAAUAGUUUAGUAGAAAUCAAGAAUAGACAAAAGAAUUGUUUCCAUGCAUGGUCUACAUAAUUGUAUGAAUGAAAACCCAAUCGUGACAAAUUUAUGAUCUAUCGUCACUUCUAUUUGUGUUCAUGACAUGCUGGCAACAUAAUUUGGGAAUUUAAAAGACUGAAUUUUGUAAAAAAACUAAAAAAUUAGAUCGUAUCUUUUUGUGAUCCAUGGAACAAUUGAUAUAUAAAUUAAUCGAUUUUUCAGAUGAUGUAUUUUCCUGUACAUUAAUGAAGAUUAAUUUUCUAUAUAGUAAACUAUAGAGUGUUGCAUGGCUCAUCAAAAA